CCGGCUUCGAUAGCACUGUCAAAUCCCUGCACACGCAGUCACUGACUCUCAUCUCCGGCUUUAUUCACAAAAAUCGCCCUCGUAACCUCUCCUGGACCUCGCACCUCCUCUUUCUUUCACCCCUUGCGUGCUCCAGCCUCUUGCUUCUGAUCUCCUCUGAGCCCUGGGGCCGGGUUACAGCUGGGGCCACAAUUCCCCACAACUUCUGUCUGCCUCGGAUGAUCUCGUCGCUUGAAGUCAUUUUGCGGAGGAGUCAAGAAGGAGACGAGCUUCAAACUUUGGGAGUUCCACUCAGCGAGCCGCCGUACUUUUGUCUGCAAACACAACUUUCUUCCUUGCUGGGCGGAGGAGUGGCGGGUGAGCCGGGUAGCGAAGCAGGGAUGUACCCGGCACGGAGGUGAAGUGACUGCAGUUUGUUUACAUAUGACUGGUUCCUGGCCUCCUGGCUCUCUACGUUCUCUCUGCGUCUAACCCGGACCAGCUUCUGGGGGAGUGCAGCGGGAACUGCACCAACUAAGGACACUAACAAUGUCUAAACAACUGGCCGUGCCUUCGUAGCUCCGCCACUGCCAGACUGAAUCCACGGAUACUUUUGCUUUCUGACUCUCCCUGGUGUUCUCCAAACCACUUCUGGGUCGCGCUGCCGUGAAGAUUGUUGUUCCCUCCUCGGCUCAGUCUCGCCAAGUCUCCCACAACCUUCCCCCCUGCGAAUUUUCAGGGGACCGAGGAUACAAGGCGGAGGUGGGAGUGUGGGGUGAGGAGUGAGGGCCAGGGAGCAAGGAGGAAAGGACUCAGGAGGGAAGGAGGAGAGAGACAAGGCAGGGAAGGAGCGAGCGAGAGGGGGGACCGGGGGCAUCAGGCCAGGGGUGUGAGGUGGAUGCCCAGUGGCGGAGAGAUGUCCACAGCCGCUAGUGAGUGGGGAGACUCCCAGGAUGACACCAAACCCUACAGCCACAAUGGCACAGAGGAGCCUCUGGAGAGUCCUGCUCCAUCCUCUUCCCAGACUGGGGGCAGUGACCUGGAGCUGGGGGAGCAGGACAGGCAGUGUGUCCAGGUCGACUGUGUGGUGUGUGGAGACAGGGCCAGUGGAAAACAUUAUGGCCAGUUCACCUGCGAGGGCUGCAAGAGCUUCUUCAAGAGAAGCAUCCGACGGAACCUGUCCUACAUCUGCAGGUCGAGCCGCGACUGUCAGAUUGACCAGUUCCACAGGAACCAGUGCCAGUACUGCAGGCUGCGGAAGUGCUUCAAGGUUGGCAUGAAGCGUGAAGCGGUUCAGCGAGGACGGAUCCCAGCAGCUCAGUCCACCCCUGGGGAGCUCUCUCUGUCGGCCGGAGACCACCUGAAUGGAGGCAACAUCUCAGGACUCAUCUCCCUGCUCCUGCGAGCAGAGCCCUACCCCACCUCACGGUUCAGCACCCAGUGCACCCAGUACAACCUCAUGAGCAUCGACAACAUCUGUGAGCUGGCAGCACGGCUGCUGUUCAGUGCCGUGGAGUGGGCCCGGAACAUUCCCUUCUUCCAUGAGCUGCAGGUCUCGGACCAGGUGGCCCUGCUGCGGCUCAGCUGGAGCGAGCUUUUCGUGUUGAAUGCUGCCCAGUCCUCUCUCCCCCUGCACAUGGCCCCACUGCUGGCUGCUGCAGGUCUUCACUCCACCCACAUGUCUGCAGACAGGGUGGUGACGUUCAUGGACCAGAUCCGAGCCUUUCAGGACCAAGUGGAGAAGCUGAAGGUUCUGCAGGUCGACUCUGCUGAAUACAGCUGCCUGAAGGCAAUCGCCCUCUACACUCCAGAUGCCUCCGGUCUCUCUGAACCCGCCCACAUCGAGAGCUUGCAAGAGAAGGUCCAGGAAUGUCUAGCUGAGUACGUUCGCUGCCAGUACCCACCACAGCCUCAACGCUUUGGGAAACUGCUCCUGCGGCUGCCUGCUCUCCGCGCUGUGCCAGCCUCCCUCAUUGGACAACUCUUCUUCAUGAGGCUGGUGGGGAAGACCCCCAUCGAAACCCUAAUCAGAGACAUGCUUCUCUCUGGAGGCUCCUUCAACUGGCCUUACAUGCCAACUCAAUGAAGAGCCAGAAAUAGCAAGCGACUCCCAUCCACUCCAAGCCCACACUGGGCACUGCCACUAAUGCCACUUCUCCAGAUAAGAUUUAUUGGAUUGUUAACUACUGAAUGGGAUGCAGUAUUUAAAUUAGUGCAGAUGUGUGUUUUUCCUUUGUUUAAAGAGAUUGAGCUGUAAUUUAAGAACAUCUGGCCAGAUGGCAAUUGCCUGUCUACUUGGCCAAUGAGAGUUGGUGAUGCUGAGAGCUGGGGAAGGGGAACUACCAGCCAGUGCUCCCGUUCCUACCCAGGUCCCUGUUCCUGUUCUCGCUCCUGUGUCCUGAACUGGUUCCUUGACAUCUGGGUGGGAGAAUGGUUCUAUGGACCCAACACAGGUGAACAUCCAGCUGAUCCCAUCCUUGUCGAUUCACACAGGAUGAAAGACCAGGGACUGUGCAGGUGGAGGCCACUGGUACCCAAGGACACCUCAGCAAUGAACCAUCCGGUCUCGGAGAGAUGGGAGAAAACCUAAAGGGAAAAUGGGGAAAGAAUGUGCUGGGGUGAAUUCAGAUUAAAGAAUGAGAAACCCACCUUGUUCUGGGUCUCACCACCAUCUGGCUUCAGCUGUGCUGAAAUGGAGGGCUCUGCGUAGACUUUCUCAGCAAGCUGAGUUAGGGUGGAGAAUGGGAUGGAGGCUGGAUUACCACAUGAAUCAUGUAAAAGCCAUCAGUCACUGCAAGGCUCACAGUUUGGGUUAUAUCUUCCCCCAGUUCCAUCGGUGAGUCUGACCAACCUUAAAGCACUUCACAAGUUACCAAGAACAUGAUGUUAUCACACAGAGUGAGUAGAAGAACCACAGGGGGCUAUCAGGAAUUAAAAAACAAUUGGAGUAAUCAAGAAGCAGGUGUAAGGACAGAGGGAAGAAUAAUCUAUGAGCCGACACUAGUCCAGUGUGGUGAGACAAAUGCUCCCUUCAACAUUGCCACUCUUAGAAUGCUUGACCCUUCCUUAGCUCAGCACUGUAAGGCAAGAGUCACACGGAACAAAAUCUGGUCUUAAUGUUGUCUAGUAACACUACAUUCUUGGCAAUUGGAUCUAUGUGAUGUAUCUUUUAACUGUGCUUUCUUGCUCGUGGUGUAGCUCCUGACCUUCUGUGAAAUGUUGCAAUAAAAUAUCCUUAUUUUC